AAGAGCUUUUCUUGUUGAAAAAGCCACGUUUUUGCCGCAACUGUAAAUUCGGUGUGAAAUUGAAAGAGACCCUGUGUUGCGUGAAUUUUUGGAGGGUUUCGACGUUGGAAUUGUGAAAAUUGGUCUCAGUGCAUGGCUGUGGGAAAAGGGGAUACUGUUUACGUGGGGAGCUGAGCUUUCCCCACAGUAAGAUGGCCGCCAUCCCUGAGCAAGAUGGCCACCGAGAGCGAGCUAGCCGUUGCUAUGCAACCUCAAAAGCAAUGCGGCGCACGAACGAGUAUGGCAAAAUGAGACCUGCUACUACGGCGACACGCGAGAAGCGGACAACAAAUCAUACUUUUGCUCAGCUUUCCUUUGUUACCGGGCUUCUUAUUUUCUUCUGAAUCUCAGCAGACCUGUUGUUAUACUAUUUAGCCGUCAAAUCUCUUAAUUUCCAGGCUUUCUCAGGAACAGGUUGCUGAGAUGGGGUCCGAGUCUGUGAAAGUAGUGGUCCGGUGCAGGCCCUUGAACGACAAAGAGAGAAUCUUAGGUUCCAAGAUGGUGCUAAGCAUGGACCUGCAGCUCUGUCAGUGUUUCAUCAAGAAGCCCAAGUCGGGCGACGAGCCGCCCAAGCAAUUCACCUUCGAUGGGACUUACUUCACUGAACAAACCACAGAGCAGAUGUACAACGAGAGUGCCUAUCCUUUGGUUGAGGGGGUCACAGAGGGAUACAACGGAACAAUAUUUGCCUACGGGCAAACAGGUAGCGGCAAGUCCUUCACUAUGCAGGGGGUGUCGGAGCCCCCGACCCAGAGGGGUGUCAUCCCACGAGCCUUUGAGCACAUCUUUGAGAGCAUUCAGUGUGCAGAAAAUACCAAGUUCCUGGUGAGGGUGUCCUACCUGGAGAUUUACAACGAGGAAAUACGAGACCUCUUGGGCAACAACACCAAGCAGAGAUUAGAGCUGAAAGAGCACCCAGAGCGCGGGGUGUAUGCUCGGGACCUGUCGAUGCACACAGUACACAGUGUAUCCGAGUGCGAGACGGUGAUAGAGCGUGGCUGGCGGAACCGCGCCGUGGCGUACACGUUGAUGAACAAGGACUCGUCUCGCUCGCACUCCAUCUUCAGCAUCCAUUUGGAAAUGUGCCACACGGACGCAGCAGGCCAGGAUCAUCUCCGAGCAGGGAAGCUCAACUUGGUGGAUCUGGCGGGAAGCGAGCGCCAGUCCAAAACAGGCGCCACGGGUGAACGUCUACGCGAGGCCACCAAGAUCAACCUUUCUCUUUCGGCCCUCGGCAACGUCAUCUCAGCUCUGGUGGACGGCCGUUCCAAAUACAUACCCUACCGGGACUCCAAGCUGACCCGGCUACUGCAGGACUCCUUGGGCGGCAACACUCGCACCCUGAUGGUGGCCUGCCUCUCGCCGGCCGACAGCAACUACGAGGAGACUCUGAGCACGCUGCGCUACGCCAACCGCGCCAAAAGCAUCCAAAAUCGGCCACGCAUCAACGAGGACCCCAAAGAUGCGCUUCUGCGAGAGUACCAGGAGGAGAUCAAGAAGCUGCGGGCCCUCAUUUCGGGCCAGCUGGCCUCUGCUGCUCCUCUUCAGUAUGUCACGCCCGAACACCAACAAGAGCUUUCCGGCUCCACUGACAGUGAGAAGGAGAAGAUUAAAAAGGACUACGAGGAGAGGCUGUCCAGGCUGCAGGCCGACUUCAGCGCUGAGCAGGAGUCAAAAGCCAAGCUGCAGGAGGACAUCGCAGCCUUGCGGUCAUCUUACCAGGCCAAAUUGUCUGGUUUGGAGAAGGUCAAAUCCAGCAGGGGGAGCUCCACACCAAAGAAUGAAGUGAGCUCCAGCAGUUUGCCAAAAGAGGACGACGCCAACACCUCCCCGACCAGUAAAAAUGAGUUGAGCCACUCCACGACGUCACGUGAUGCUCCUGAAAUCCUAACAAGUCCAGACGAUGUCCCAGGAGAGUCGCGUGAAGUCAGCACAGAAGGCGAAAUAGAGCAGAAAGAAGCCCUGAAGAGGCUGCAGAAGUUGGAGCGGGAGGUGGUCGGCGGCGAACAAGCUUGCAACAAAGAAUUCAAGCAGAGACAACGGCAGAGGAGAAAUGUGGCCGAUCAGAGGAAAGCUCAGCUGGUCAAAGCUUUGUCGGACAACAGCGAUGAAAGCGAUAACGUGUUGUUCAGUGUCUACGACUCCAUUCAGGAGGAGGUCCAUGUCAAAGGCCAGAUGCUGCUUAAAGUUCAGGGGAAGCUAAAAGCAGCCAAACUGGAGAUCCGUGACCUGCAAACUGAGUUCGAGGAGGAGAGAAACGAUUAUCUGGCAACCAUCCGCCGCCUGGAGCGUGAGGGCCAGCUGCUGCAUGGCCUCUUGGAGCGCAUGGCACCGCUGGUUCGUCGUGACUGUAACUACAGCAGCCUGGAGCGCCUGAAAAAAGAGGCGGCGUGGGACGAUGAGAGCGCCACUUGGAGGAUUCCCGACGUGACGGUCCAGAGAACCACGCUACCCUCAGCUGUGACUUCGAAGCACUCCCCGCCCAGAGGCCCGAUUGCCGAUUCCGAAGCGUUCCUGGUCGAGGAAGACAGAUACAAGGAGCUGUUGGACCGCAGCGACAGUGAGAACAUCGCAAACGCUUACUUCAAAUCCAAGCGGGCCAGCCAGCUACUUGGGGGUGAAACAGCUACGGGACAUGCCACCUAUUCACCAACCAUCUUAAACGGUUCGCCCCAUCUCAGCGGAAGCGUGAGUUUGGACGCCGUCCUGCCACGCCCCUUCCGCUUAGAAUCUUUGAACGUCCCGGUGUCCGGUGGGAAGGCAAAGAGGAAAAAAAACAAAUCUCAUCUAUAAUAGAGGCAAGUGAUAGCUGGAUGCUGAAAAACUGUUCGAUGAUAUCAAACCUCAUUGGUUUUGAACUCAUGAACACCAACAAAUGAUUACUUUUUCAUUUAUUCAACUAGUACUAAUCCCGUAUUUUCUGGACUAUAAAUCACACCGCUGUUUAAAAGCUGAUUUAUGCUUCUACGUUCCGGUGCUGGAGGAGCGAUGGCGUAGACCCUGCGCCAUCAUAGCGCAUUUGAAGUUCUGCGUCUCUGUAAUUCACCGGCAUGCCACUAGAGGGGUGUGGCUUUGUCUUUGUACAGUUUUGGGGGACUCUUGUCAAAUUCCUUUAGUUUUCCUCCGGUCAUUGACUGUUUGUAUUACUCUAACACACCCAAUAUACAGUAAAAUAAAUAGCUUUUAUAUCAUAGUUUAAGGAACACAAGCAGGAUAUAUUUGAGAUUAUGAACAGUUGGAUUUGAAAUGAUUAGAAUUUGUAGCGCCAUGACAAGGGGCAGACAAUGGCAGAACAAAUACAGGACGCCUUCUGACGGAAGCCCAACACACGCGUAAUGCAGACGACUGAGAAAGAUUGACGCUGAUAAACAGGCGAUAGGCAAGAUAUCUACAAGCCCACAUCUGCACCACCAAAUCCCGCAAUCAGAUCUUCUGGACAGUCCAGAACAAAUGGCGGGACAUCUCAUCCUGCCACAGGAACAUCUGAUUACGAGGAAGCCGCGACUGAGAAGUUGACACACAGCACUCGAGGGUGUUGAGGUGGCAAAAUCCUCAACUCUUAUUGCCCUGACAACAGUAACGUCAGAAACCCUCCUGCCCAAUCCACAUAGAAAAUAAUCCAAAACAACGUCCAAACACAGCCUUCUUCUGGACCACAGCCCGCCUCACCAGAGCCUUUAUCAGACAAUGUUUAAGUAAUCGUUGUCAUUUUUCUCGGGAAUCUUUUCUUGACUUGUGAUAUAAAGACCAUCCAGUUUGCCUCCUUUGCCUGGGUCUCUGUGCUGUAUG